UCAAAAAUCUUAACUCAAAAGACUUCCCACUUGUUAGGUUGUCCUCACUGUCAUGUAUUUAUCUGACAUGUUUUUCCAUCAACUCUAACAACAAGACAACGGCUUAUUUGGACAACAAUUUCUCACCGACUGAGCGUUGAAUUUACCUCGGGUCGAUGUCCAAAGACAACCGCCACGAUGGACGACGCCGUGGCGCUGGGCAGCACCGUCUCGGCCCGAGAGUUAGCCAAGGUGGGGACGGGAGGGAGAGGUCUGGUAGCAACAGCUCGGGCUCCUCGCAUGGAGGAGGCAAAAGCAAGAAUUCACCCAUAUCCGCUUUAAAGGCAUCCUUUCAGCGCUCCAACAGCCAUGACAAGGUGAGGAAAAUAGUUGCUGAAGAAGGCCGUGCUGCUAGAAACCUCAUUGCCUGGAGCGUACCUCUAGAGAACAAAGAGGAGGAAGCAAAGUCCAAAAGCAACUCCAGUGGCAACUCCAGAGCCCAAAGGAUCAAUUCUGGGCAACAGAGGAACAAGAAACAGAAUGCUGCUUUGGAAAAUAAAGGCACAGCCAGCUCCUUGUUGGACAAGGGGCCAGAGAAGAGCCCCACGAAAGCAAGGCAGCCCCGCAAGGUGGACCUGCGAGCACGCUACUGGGCUUUCCUCUUUGACAACCUGCGGCGCGCCGUGGACGAGAUUUAUGUCACCUGUGAAUCCGAUCAGAGUGUCGUCGAAUGCAGGGAGGUGUUGAUGAUGUUGGACAACUACGUACGGGAUUUUAAAGCCCUCAUAGACUGGAUCCAGCUCCAGGAGAAGUUGGAGAAAACAGAUGCCCAGAACAGGCCCACAUCUUUAGCCUGGGAAGUGCGCAAGAUGUCUCCAGGACGUCACGUGAUGCCCAGUCCCUCAGCAGACAGAAUGGUUCCUUCUCCAGGGGCACGUCGAGCCCUCAACUUCGGUGGUCCUCCGGCUACACUGGCUGCAGCCCGCCUCUCCCACACAGGCCCCAGCUGGGCAGACCGGGUGAAGUGCACUCAGGCCAUACCUAACUCCAAUCAACAAACCAUCUCCCCAGUAGAAAAACUUGGUAAAAAGGAUGCAGAGGGAUGGGAGACCGUCCAGCGAGGACGCACUGCCAAACCUCGCUCUGCUGCUAUAAUUGCCAAGGUCAGUCCUGUCUUGGCUCAUGUCAUCCCAAAACAGGACAGCGCCAAGUGUGACCACUCGCAUCCGCCACCUCAAGAGGAGCAACAACUCCGUCCUCAGUGUCUCCCGGACAAUGAUGCAGCCAAGACGGACUCAGAGCAGGAAGUCCCUGCCGAGCCUGACGAUCUGGAGAAGGUUGGACAUCCAGAGAGUGGGCAGAUGAUUGAGCCCCCAGCAGAGAGUACACAAGACUCGGGGCAGUGUGUCGACGCACCCUGUGAAGACGCGCCUCCCCCCAUAGCAGCUCUCACCCCAUCCCAAGCCCCAGAGUCCAACCCGUCCUCAGCCACAGUCCCACCAACAGACAUUACUCUAUCAGUCCCACUCCCUGCUCUGGCACUCUCCACGUCCCCAGACCUUCCCCAGGCGGAUGGGCUCAGUGCACUGUUGGCCUUGGGGGACAAUGGGGCUGAGGGGGGCGCGUCGCAGGGCAUGGCAACAUCUGCUCCAGGACAGGCUGAGAAUCCCAUGGCAGCGGUGAAACUGGAGAGUGUGCUGGACCCCACAGAGCUUUCUACUCCCCAGUCCAUGGCAGAAGUCCUUGCCAAGAAAGAGGAACUUGCCGACCGGCUGGAGAAGGCCAACGAGGAGGCGAUUGCCAGUGCCAUCGCUGAGGAAGAGCAGCUGACCAGAGAGAUACAGGCCGAGAACAACGACCUGGAGACUGACAAUGAAAGCGACUUCUCUGCAAGCAUUGGCAACGGAGGAUGUGGAGUCAAUAUUGAUUGGAGUGACAUGCUGGCAGAUUAUGAUGCUCGUGAGCCAUGGCGUCAGAGUACCUCAUGGGGGGAUAUUGUAGAAGAGGAACCAGCUCGCCCUCCUGGACAUGGAAUCCACAUGCACGAGAAAUUGUCCUCACCGUCACGCAAAAGAACAAUUGCAGAGUCAAAGAAGAAACAUGAGGAGAAACAGCUGAAGGCGCAGCAGCUGAGGGACAAACUCCGUGAGGAAAAGACGCUCAAACUGCAGAAGCUCUUGGAGAGGGAGAAAGAGGUGAGAAAAUGGAAGGAGGAGUUGUUAGAGCAGCGUCGAAGGAUGAUGGAGGAAAGGCUGUUGCAUGCAGAGUUCAAGCGAGAACUGCAGCUCCAGGCAAUUGUGAAGAAAGCCCAAGAAGAAGAAGCCAAGGUGAAUGAAAUCGCAUUCAUCAACACGCUGGAGGCCCAAAACAAGAGGCAUGAUGCCCUGGCCAAGUUAAAUGAGUAUGAGCAACGGCUUAAUGAGCUGCAGGAAGACAGACAGAGGAGACAGGAGGAGAAGCAGGCCAGAGAUGAAGCUGUACAGGAGCGUAAACGGGUCCUGGAAGCAGAGCGGCAGGCAAGGGUGGAGGAGCUGCUGAUGCGGAGGAAGGAGCAGGAGGCUCGUAUUGAACAGCAGAGGCAGGAAAAGGAGAAGGCUAGGGAAGAUGCAGCACGGGAAAGAGCCAGAGACCGAGAGGAACGUCUGGCUGCUCUUAGUGCUGCUCAGCAGGAGGCCAUGGAGGAGCUGCAGAAGAAGAUCCAGAUGAAGCACGAUGAGAGCAGCCGGAGACAUAUGGAGCAAAUCGAGCAGAGGAAGGAGAAGGCUGCUGAGCUCAGCAGUGGUCGACAUGCUAAUACGGACUAUGCCCCCAAACUUACACCAUAUGAGCGCAAGAAACAGUGCUCCCUGUGUUGCGUUGUGAUCACCUCAGAGGUGCACCUGUUCAGCCACACCAAGGGCAAGAGGCAUCAACAGGCCGUGCGAGACAGUAGCAGCAUCCAGGGACGGGAGCUCUCUGAUGAGGAAGUGGAGCAUCUUUCCUUGAAGAAAUACAUUGUGGAUAUUGUGACAGACAGCUCAGUGUCCUCUGAGGGCAUGAAGGAUGGGGAAGAGAGACAGAAGGCACGGAAGAAGGCAAAGAAGCUGCGCGCCAGGAUGAACUCCAGGGCAAAGGAAUAUGAGACAUCAAUGGAGGCAAAGACACAGGUCCCUGACUCUCCAUACAAGGCCAAGUUGCAGCGCCUGGUGAAGGACCUGUUGAAGCAGCUGCAGGGCCAAGAUGGCGGGCAGUGGGCCAACAACAAAGUGUCUGGUCUGGACAGGACUCUGGGAGAGAUCGCUCGCAUCUUGGAGAAACAGAACAAUGCAGACCAAGUGGCCUUCCAAGUGGGCGGCGGCCUGUCGGCUCUGGAACAAAUCCUGCAGGUCGUCACUGCUGCUUCCACACCCACUGCAGUUCCUCGUAUUCCUCUCAAAUCCCUCUGUGCUGCUGCAAACACCUACUACCUGGCAUGUUCCUGCUGCCCCCUCAACUGCUCCUAUGUGCUGUUUAGCAACAAGAUUGCUCUCCUCAUGGACCUGCUUCUGCAUCAGCUAACACUGUAUGUCCCAGAUGAGGACAAAUCCAUUUUUGGACGCAGUGUGAACAAACAAGUCUUUGAGGGUUUGACGACAGGCCUGCUGCAGACCAUCGCUACCAUCCUGGGGUCCCUCUGGCCACAUAUCUCUGAGUCUGGACAAGGUGAAAAGACAUGGAUUUCCUCCCCAGAUGCCAAGGUCAAGAGCUCUGCCACCGAGUCCUUCAACACUCGCACACAAGACCUAAUCAGCUACGUGGUAAAUAUGGGUUUGAUCGACAAGCUGUACGGGUGUUUCUUGUCGAUUCAAGGUCCUGUAGACGAGCACCCAAAGAUGUCCGCUUUCCUCCAGCAAGCCUCAGCUCUGCUACACAGCAUGUGCAAGCUGUGUUAUGCCGUAACUGGACGUGCUCCCAGUAUAUUUGACAAUAAACGCCAGGACCCGACUGGAUUGACGGCCCUGCUGCAGUCCACAGAUCUGGUGGGAGUGGUGCACACUCUGUAUUGCAUCCUGCUUCACAGUUUUGCGCCAGAGUCGGCCUCCCGGAGUCAGGAGCCCUACGGCCCCGGGGUCAUCCAGGUGGCUUUGCAAGGGAUCCGCUUCCUCAACAGUUUUGCCCUGCUCGACCUGUCCGCCUUCCAGACUGUUUUAGGAGCCGAGGGCCUGUCUCUAGCUUUCCGACACAUCGUCAGCUCCCUGCUCUGGUACUGUACACAGCAUUCAGCCGAAGAGCUGCUGCACGAAGUCAUCAUCUGCGUGGGAUACUUUACCGUUAACCACCCCGACAACCAGGUGAUAGUGCAGUCUGGCCGCCAGCCCAGCGUCCUGCAGAAACUGUGUCAGCUGCCCUUCCAGUACUUCAGCCACCCGCGCCUCAUCAGAGUGCUCUUCCCCUCCCUCAUCUCGGCCUGCUACAACAACCCCCAAAACAAGGUCAUCCUGCAGCAGGAGAUGAGCUGUGUGCUGCUGGCUACGUUCAUUCAGGACUGUGCUGCAAAUGAGAAGGAGUCUGACAACAAAACAAAGCAAGGAGUUUCCCAGCUGCUGGAUUACUGCGAGUUCAAUCGCUUUCCAAGAGAUCAGUGGGAUUCAGCGCUGCAGUUUUUUCUAAAGAAGCAGGAAGAGUGAUGUAGUCGCCCACUGUCCUCAGAAUGGAUGAGCGCAGUAUAAACACAACAAAAGAGACUGAUAUGUGGAAUUGUUUCCGGAUUGUUCUCUCCCCCCCCCCCGACUUUACUGCACACAAGUUUAAAAAAAAAAACUAAAAAAAAACGCUCUUCAAACUUUGUGAAAUUUUUCAAAGCCUUAUACUGUGUCUGUUCAUCUGUUUGGAUUUCAGAAGAAAUCGGAUGAUAUUUAUGAGGAAUUUGCACAAAAAUCUCUUGUUUGUACAUUGUAGCUAGAACACACGCACAACUAUUCCAUUUAAUGUGUAAACAAGCCGUUUGUUCCUCUUCUUGUUUCUGUUGUAGAUAGAACAUGGAUACAAAGUGAUGAUCUAAACCUGACACAUUUACUUAUACUGUAAUUUAUAUGUUGCCAAACAUUUUCAUCGAUACUGUUAAUUUAUUUAUCAUUUCUUUGAAUGUGAGUGAAUGUUUUACUUUAGUCUACAUAAAGCCAGUCACAAGUUACUGACCUGCCUUGAUUGCGAAUACGUGUUAAGAGUUUAUAUUUUUCAAGUUCAUUCUUUUUCUUUCCUCUCACUUACAAAUUAAUAUAAUUUAUUGACUUAUUAUUAUUAUUACUGAGUAACAUUUAUCAUCAAGAAUAAAAUACUCAUGGUUAUGAA